ACAGGACGUUCGGUCCCGCCCCGCGGCUGGCGGGCGCCCGCGCGCCAAGUCCCUCAGGCCUUGGCUCCUGCUCAGUGUUUAGGGUGCUGGCGCAGACAGAGGGGAACAGUCAUUGCCUGUCGGGGCUUGGAUAUGAUGGGUGAGAGGUGUCAAACCAAAUUCUCUCGGUUUGGAAACGGAGAAAAUCUAAAAACGAGGAUGUGAGGAAAGAGUCCGCUCUCAAGGCGCGUUGUCGUCUACCCGCGCCCCGUCCCCUGGGCUCCCUCGGGCUGGGGUGAGGCGGGCAGCUACGCGUGGGAUAGGAUCAUCUUACGCUGGGACCCCGCCAAGGAGCCCCGGGAAGUAGGUGAAAGGGCAGGGGCGUGGCUCUGGGGGCGCCACCCACGCUCUUGAAAUCUGGGUGACUGCGAGUGGCCGCUCAGCGUCCCCCACACCAGAGACCCGCGUCGCUGACGACCCAGCCGCCGCCAUGGCUCUGCUCCGAGGUGUGUUUGUAGUUGCUGCUAAGCGAACGCCCUUUGGAGCUUACGGAGGCCUUCUGAAAGACUUCACUGCUACUGACUUGUCUGAAUUUGCCGCCAAGGCUGCCUUGUCUGCUGGCAAAGUCUCACCUGAAACUGUGGACAGUGUGAUUAUAGGCAAUGUCGUGCAGAGUUCUUCAGAUGCUAUAUAUUUGGCAAGGCAUGUUGGUUUGCGUGUGGGAAUCCCAAAGGAGACCCCAGCUCUCACGAUUAAUAGGCUCUGUGGUUCUGGUUUUCAGUCCAUUGUGAAUGGAUGUCAGGAAAUUUGUGUUAAAGAAGCUGAAGUUGUUUUAUGUGGAGGAACCGAAAGCAUGAGCCAAGCUCCCUACUGUGUCAGAAAUGUGCGUUUUGGAACCAAGCUUGGAUCAGAUAUCAAGCUGGAAGAUUCUUUAUGGGUAGGAUUAACAGAUCCGCAUGUCCAGCUCCCCAUGGCAAUGACUGCAGAGAAUCUUGCUGUAAAACACAAAAUAAGCAGAGAAGAAUGUGACAAAUACGCCCUGCAGUCACAGCAGAGAUGGAAAACUGCUAAUGAUGCUGGCUACUUUAAUGAUGAAAUGGCACCAAUUGAAGUGAAGACAAAGAAAGGGAAACAGACAAUGCAGGUAGACGAGCAUGCUCGGCCCCAAACCACCCUGGAACAGUUACAGAAACUUCCUCCAGUAUUCAAGAAAGAUGGAACUGUCACUGCAGGGAAUGCAUCGGGGAUAGCUGAUGGUGCUGGAGCUGUUAUCAUAGCUAGUGAAGAUGCUGUUAAGAAACAUAACUUCACACCACUGGCAAGAAUUGUGGGCUACUUUGUAUCUGGAUGUGAUCCCUCUAUCAUGGGUAUUGGUCCUGUCCCUGCUAUCAGUGGGGCACUGAAGAAAGCAGGACUGAGUCUUAAGGACAUGGAUUUGGUAGAGGUGAAUGAAGCUUUUGCUCCCCAGUACUUGGCUGUUGAGAGGAGUUUGGAUCUUGACAUAAGUAAAACCAAUGUGAAUGGAGGAGCCAUUGCUUUGGGUCACCCACUGGGAGGAUCUGGAUCAAGAAUUACUGCACACCUGGUUCACGAAUUAAGGCGUCGAGGUGGAAAAUAUGCCGUUGGAUCAGCUUGCAUUGGAGGUGGCCAAGGUAUUGCUGUCAUCAUUCAGAGCACAGCCUGAAGAGACCAGUGACCUCACUGUGACCCACUCUUACUCUACUUGGCCAGGCCACAGUAAAACAAGUGACCUUCAGAGCAGCUGCCACAACUGGCCAUGCCCUGCCAUUGAAACAGUGAUUAAGUUUGAUCAAGCCAUGGUGACACAAAAAUGCAUUGAUCAUGAAUAGGAGCCCAUGCUAGAAGUACAUUCUCUCAGAUUUGUACCAGUGAAAUAUGAUAUAUUUCUGAACUAAAACUCAACUAUAGAAGACAUUAAAAGAAAUCGUAUUCUUGCCAAGUAACCACCACUUCUGCCUUAGAUAAUAUGAUUAUAAGGAAAUCAAAUAAAUGUUGCCUUAACUUCA